UGAAAUAUCUUCUUGUCUUAGGGAGGUCACGUGAGUAACUAAAAUUGACAAUGUACCAAAAGCACGGACCGGAAGGUACCUAUUAAAAAGAAGGUACCUAGCACGAAGUACUUACAAGAGUCACGGGUGUACCUAGGUAGGUAGUAUCUGACAUCUUCCAAUCCAGGAUACAGGAUAACAACAAAUGCCAUGGAUCACCGAUGUCUAGGUGCCGUCCGUGCUGUCCGACGUUUCGCAAAGAUAAGCUUCGACGGGAGCCUUGGAACCUGAUGGGAGGAGCGUUGGUGCAUUGAUGUAGAAAGUUCACGCUAAUCCCUCUCGUAUCUAGAAGGAUACAACCCAGCUUGAACACUCCUGGAACGUUACAACACCCAACUACAUGUAGCUAUUCGAGAGAUAGUUAUAUAAACUACUAGGUACCUAGUAGAUGAGGUUUAUUAUUACCUAUCAUCCUUACUUGCAAUCUACACUAUCCAUGAGAUGUAUCUCGAUAAGCUAUGCUACGCGUCUUUAAUCUCUGUAAAGCAGCAAUCGGCGCCGGUCCCUUUGACGAACCCCCGACAUGUCAACCGGUCGUCACCUCAACCCGGGGCAAUCCGGAGUUAGGCGAAGAUGUUAAUGCAGAGCCAACCCAGACCGACUCCGAGAAGCAAACAACAUCCAAUGUCGCCGUCGAGACAGGCGCGACGACCAUUGAGGCCGUACAGGUCAUCUGGGGCAAGAAAGGUCGGUGGCUGGUCAUCGCCGGCUUGUGUCUGAUCAUGAUCGUGUACGAAAUAGAUAACAGCACCGUCUAUAUCUACCGUAACUAUGCUACAUCUGAAUUUCAGGAGUUGUCCAAGCUUGCUACCUUGAGCACCGCCGGGACCAUCAUCUUCGCCGUCGCAAAACCUCCUGUGGCUAAGUUGUCCAAUGUUAUCGGUCGCGGUGGCACCUAUUUCAUCGCCAUCUUAUUCUACAUAUUGGCAUGCAUCAUCAUGGCUUCGGCUAAAUCGUUCAAUGCCUACGCCGCCGGCUCUAUCUUUUAUUCUAUAGGCCAAUCUGCAACUAAUUUGAUGAAUGACAUCGUCAUCGCUGACUUGACUACGGCCCGCUAUCGAGCUUUCGGCAUUGCCCUCUCAUUCUGGCCGUUUCUGAUAACGCCUUGGACAGCAGCGUUUAUCGUCGAUAGCGUAACGGCGCCCAAUGGCAUCGGAUGGCGUUGGGGUAUCGGCCUCCUUGCCAUAAUCAUGCCUUUCUGCGCGAGUUUCAUAGUCACUACAUUACUAUUUUAUCAAUCAAAGGCAAAAAAGGAGGGACUCGCACCCAGAGCGACGAUUUCCUCGUACGAGUUCUGCUCGCAAAUCGACCUUGGCGGCGUAGUCUUAUUUAGCGGUGGCCUGGCUCUCGUGCUCAUACCAAUGACACUCGCUGCCACUGCUCCAUCGGCCUGGAAAACACCAUGGAUUAUCAUCUUAAUUGUGCUUGGUGCGGCAUUGCUCAUCGUGCUCCCUUUUUAUGAAUACUAUCUUGCGAAACACCCCGUGGUACCUCCUCAUUAUUUCGCGAAUCGCACGGUUGUCCUCUGUUGCUUCCUUAUAGCUUUAGACAGCCUCGGCUUCUCCGCAACACAUACGUAUAUCUAUGCUUGGGUCACAGUCGCUCGAGGUUUAGGCGCUCGUGACGCCACCUUUUUCACCUAUACCAACGGAGUCACGCAAUGCCUUAUAGGAAUUGUCAUAGGUCUAUUAAUGGCUCGGACUCGGCGUUACAAAUGGGUAUGCGUAUUGGGUUCGAUUGUCCGUUUGGUCGGCUACGGUGUGAUGCUGCGUCUGCGGGGCUCCGACAAUAGCAUCGCAGAGAUCUUCGUCGUCCAGCUGAUCCAGGGUAUUGGUAGUGGCAUGGUCGGUUCCACUCUACUUAUUCCCGCCCAAGCUGUUGUAUCCCACGUAGAAAUGCCACAGAUGACUGCUUUAGUCGUCUGCUUCUCCUUCGUUGGAGGCAGUGUGGGAGCUUGCAUCUCUGGCGGAAUUUAUACUGGUACGAUAAGAUCGGAAUUGUUGCGCUAUUUGGGAGGAGGGGCAACCGCGGAGGCCGUGUCGGCGUUAGCAAACUCGAUCACAGGUGUAGUGCCUGGAUGGGAUACGCCAGAACGGAUAGCAGUCAACUUAGCGUUCACUCAGGUUAUGAAAUAUAUGACCUAUGCGGCCGUGGGGUCUUCAGCAAUUGCACUCAUCGGAUCACUCUUCAUGCCAAACUUCGAGUUACCUGAUAAGAAUAACCUCGUAGAGUAAUGGAUGGGUAAAAAGCAAUAAUAUCUAAUGUACCUAUCAUCUAUACUAUAGGUAAACACUAACCAACAUUAGGUACUCAUAACGUAAAUCGUUUAUUAAU